AUGGAAUCAGCAACACUUAGAAUUAAUAAUAUUUCAGGUCACUUGACAACAAGUGGAGUCAGAGGAGGAGGACAAUGCCCAUUCUCACAAAAGUCUACUGCACCAUUGGCAUGCCCAGAAAAGGCAUGGUCAGUGAUCAAUACUUCACCACACGCCAAACCAAACCCAAUUCGUGUUUUGGUGACUGGUGCUGCCGGUCAAAUCGCCUAUUCAUUGGUGUUUAUGAUUGCUAGUGGACAGAUGUUUGGUCCAUACCAACCGGUCGUCCUCCAUCUUUUGGAUAUCCCCAAGAUGCAAGAAGUGUUGAAUGGUGUCGUGAUGGAACUCAACGACGGUGCAUUCCCAUUGCUCGCAGGUACUGUCGCCACCACCGACGUCAAGACUGCCUUUAUGGGCAUCCAGGUGUGUUUGAUGGUUGGUGCAUUCCCACGUGGUCCAGGUAUGCAACGUAGCGAUCUUCUCAAGAUGAACGCCAACAUUUUCAAAGAGCAAGGUGCAGCACUUGCCAAAUACGCAGCUCGCGGUGUCAAGGUAUUGGUCGUCGGCAACCCAGCCAACACCAACGCCUACAUUGCAUGUCUUGCUGCCAAGGCAGACCUCCCUUCCACCAACUUUUCAGCACUCACUCGUCUCGACCAGAACCGUGCUGUAUCGAUGAUUGCCGAACGUGUAGGUGUACCAGUCGCCAAGGUCAAGAAUGUGUCCAUCUGGGGUAACCAUUCACUCACCCAAGUGCCAGACGUUACCAACGCUGUCAUUCAAGAUUUUCCAGAAAAGGGGUUAACCACCCCCGUAUUGACUGCCGUCAAUGACAACAAGUGGUUGGAAGAAUCGUUUAUUCCACAAGUCCAAAAUAGAGGUGCUGCUGUCAUUGCUGCGCGUAAGCUCAGCUCGGCUGCAUCAGCUGCCAAUGCUAUCGUCGGUCAUAUGCGUGAUUGGGUACUCGGCACCAAGGACGGUGAAACUGUAUCCAUGGCUGUUGUCUCUGACGGCUCUUACAACAUUCCAAAGGGAUUGGUCUUUUCCUUCCCCGUCCAAUGUCGUGCUGGUGAAUGGUCUAUUGUUCAAGGUCUCAAAAUCACUCCAUUUAUCCAAUUAAAAUUAGAUGCAACUACAAAGGAAUUACAAUCUGAAAUUGAUGCUUUACCAAAAUAA